AUAUUUUAGGCUUAGAAAGAUAAAAUAAUAGGGAUGGAGAGAUGGCCCUUUAUUAGGUGAAUACUGGAAUCUUGACCUGGGGGUCUUCCUUUCCACCAUUAAUUAAUUUCCCAGAAGCAAGAAAUUUUAACAAAAAAAUGCUUAUACAUUGCACACUGUACUUAUAGUCACUUAGCUACUGGGUCUUGGUUUCUGGAUUUUCUUCAUCAGCUUCAUAUCAACUGCAACUGUCACUUUCAGCAGAGAUUGACAGAAAUGGCUGCUGAGAAUUUCGGUGUUUCCAUUGGUGCAAAGGUUGCAGAACUCUUGGUGGAGCCAGUUAUACACCAAUUUCGUUAUAUGUUCUGUUUCAGCAACUUUAUUGAAGACCUUAAGAAGCAAGAAGAAAAAUUGACUCUGGCACAAAGUCGAGUUCAAAAUGAUAUUGAUGCAGCCUUAAGGAAUGCUGAAGAUAUUGAGAAGGAUGUGCAGGCAUGGCUAGCAGAUACAAACAAAGCCAUGGAAGAUAUUAAGUGCCUGGAACUUGAAAUACAGAAAGAGAAGAGAUGCUUCAUUAAGUGGUGUCCUAAUUGGAUUUGGCAAUACCGUCUCAGCAGAAGAAUGGCUAAGAAGACAACUAAUCUUGUCCAGCUGCAAGAAAAGGGAAAAUUUCAACGAGUCUCCUACCAUGCUACUAUCCCGUGCAUAGAAUUCUUGUCCAAGGAUUUUAUGCCAUCGGAGACAUCACGACUAGCUUUGGAACAGAUUGUGGAAUCUCUCAGGGAUGACGCUGUCAGCAUGAUAGGACUGCAUGGAAUGGGAGGGGUGGGGAAAACCACCUUGGUGAAAGCAGUAGGGAAGCAAGCCAAUGAAUUGAAGCUUUUUGAUAAAGUUCUGAUGCUUGUGGUGUCCCAGGCUCAAGACAUCAUACAAGUUCAAGAUCAAUUGGCAGACAAGUUGUACUUGUAUUUGCAGGAAAAAAGUAAAGAUGGGAGAGCAAGCCGGAUAUGGCAAAGGUUAAAGAAUGAGAAGAAUAUUCUAAUAAUCUUAGAUGAUGUUUGGAAAUAUCUCGACUUGAAGGAUAUAGGGAUCCCAUUUGGUGAUGACCACAAAGGUUGCAAAAUUCUUCUCACUACACGUCUUCAACAUGUAUGUACUUCUAUGGAUUGUCAAAGACAGAUUCCAUUGCAUGUUUUAACAGAAGGUGAAGCAUGGGCUCUAUUAAAAAAGAAUGCAGGUUUAUCUAACGAGUCCUCUGCCUUGACCAAUGUGGCAAUGGAAGUGGCUAGAGAAUGCAAGGGUUUGCCUAUAGCAAUUGUGACAGUGGGAAGGGCCUUAAGAGGUAAAAAUUUUGGAGGAUGGCAAUUAGCAUCUCGAAAACUUAAAAUAUGACAAUGCCUAUACAUUCUGAAGUUUUGAUUAUUGCAUCGUGAAGAAACCAAGCUAUGUUUUCUAAUAUGCUCUCUGUUUCCUGAAGAUUAUGAUAUUUCUACCGAGGAAUUGGUUGGAUAUGCAGUUGGUUUGGGAUUGUAUGAAGAUGCUCAUUCAAUAGAGGAGGCAAGGAGCGAAGUGUUUGAAUCAAUUGGUGACCUCAAAGCUUCUUGUAUGCUACUAGAAACGGAGAAGGAAGAACAUGUGAAAAUGCAUGACACGGUUCGCGAUUUUGCCUUGUGGUUUGGAUUCAACAUGGAAAAUGGACUUAAGCUGAAAGCUGGUAUUGUGUUGGAUGAGUUGUCAAGGACAGAAAAGCUGCAGUUCAGAGCUAUUUCAUUGAUGGAUAAUGGCAUGAGAGAACUUGCUGAAGGAUUGAAUUGCCCGAAGCUCGAAUUAUUGUUACUAGGUAGAAAUGGUAAAAGAUUCAGCAUAGAAGAAGAUUCUAGUGCUACAGAAGAAGGUUGUACCAGUGCAGAUGAAGGUUCUGCAAAUAUUCCUACUACAUGUUUCACUGGAAUGCAAUAA